AUGUUACCCCCGUCAUGUUUGACCCGCAGGGCGUCUGUACUCGCUCGGUGGCCCGUUCAGUCGCGUUCAUACGCGGUCAAGCCCGCGAAGAAAUCUGCUGAAGCGGAAGUGAAAUCGUCAUGUCCUCCCGGCACGGUGCUUACCGGCCUUAACUACCUCAAAGACCAGGAGCCCGUAGUAGCACUCGCUGAUGAGGAGUAUCCGCCAUGGUUAUGGACCUUACUUAAGCCCAAGGAAAUACCAGACGACGGCCCCGGUGGCAUUGGCGAGAAGAUGAGGUUGAAGAAGGAGAGGCAGACGAAGAUCAAGGACACCAACUUCAUGAAGACUCAGUAA